UGCUGCUGCUGGCGUCUCUGCGACACACAUGCACUGUUUGUAUAACUGAUAAGGAAAGAGAGCGAGAGAGAGAGAGAGAGGGCGAGAGAGAGAGGGGGUAGAGACAGAGGGAGGGAAGAAGGAAGGGAAAACAGCUCAAGAGACUGAACCCAAAGUUUAUGGUUGGACUCAGACACAGAAAGACGACCGAGGAGAUGCAAACGGAGGCGCAGGGACGCGGCGGAGGAGGCCCAGUGUCUGAGGGGGAAGGUGGCUCUGGUGACCGGGGGCGCCCAGGGCAUUGGGAGGGCCGUGGUCCAGUCCCUCCUGCAGAGCUCAGCCAAGGUGACCGUGGUGGACCUGAACAAGAGCAGAGGGGACGAGUGCAAGGCCCAGCUGGACGCGAGUUCGGCGCCGGCAGCAGCCUCUUCGUUCAGUGCGAUGUGUCCAACGCGGAGCAGCUCCGAGACGCCUUCCAGACCACUGUGGACCAGUUCGGAACGUCUGGACAUAGUCAUCAACAACGCCGGCAUCAACAAUGAAAAGAACUGGGAGAAGACCGUCCAAGUCAACCUGACCUCUGUCAUACAGGGAACCUAUCUGGCACUGGAACACAUGAGCAAAGAGUACGGCAAGGCAGGCGGCACCAUCAUCAAUGUGUCCUCAAUGGCAGCCUUCUUGCAUUCCCCCCAUCAGCCCGUCUACACGGCCACCAAGCACGGCGUCAUCGGCUUCACCAGGGCCAUAGCGGACGCCUCCUCGCUGGGAGACUACGGCGUCAGGAUCAACGUCCUGUGCCCGGCCUUCGUGGACACGCCUCUGCUGAGCUCUGUGGAGCACGAGGACAACAUGGGCAAGUUCGUCAAGUUCAAGGACGAUUUCAAGCUCAGCAUGAAAAAGUUUGGGGUUUUAACGCCGGCGCUGGUCGCUGAGGGCAUGAUGAGGCUGAUCAUGGACCCCAGCCUGAACGGAGCCGUGAUGAAGAUCACCUGCUCCAAGGGGAUCCACUUCCACACCUACGAACCCAUGUCUGCAUGAGCCGGGCCGCGUCUGGCUGCUACCAGUUCACUGUGUCAGAGAUAUAAUAAGUUAAUAGUGAUGUUAAAUAUAUGAUGAUGAUAGUGUGGUAAUAAACAUGUAGCUGUGUCUCA